CACGCGCCGCCGGCUCCGUAGCGCUGGCCGGGCGGAGUGGGCGGGGCUUGGAGGGGCUGCAGGGUUAGGUUGCACCCUCCAUGCUCAGCUGCCUUGUUCUCUCUCUCCCUGGGAGAGGGGAGGGGGGAGCGGAGAGGGGGCAGCUCCUUUAAGGGUGAGGCCAAAGGCAGCCACGGGGGAGAUCCCCCCAGCCGGACACAGACUCCUGCUCACCCGUCCGUCUCCAUGAGGCCGGGGCCCCCCAAACACUGACCUCUGAGCUCCCGGUUGUGACGCUUGUUGGGGAGGGGGCCCCUCUCCCCCACCCAGAUCCCCUUCUUCGCUGCCACGCCGCAGCCAUGGCCGACCCUAUCAUGGACCUGUUUGAUGACCCCAACCUCUUCGGCCUGGACUCCCUGACAGAUGAGGGCUUCAGCCAGACCCAGCCUGACCCCAUCGAGGAAGCCCUGGGGCUGCCAGGGGAGCUGGAUCCAGCCCAGCCAGUGCAGCCACCCCCAUCAGAGCCUGCUGCUCCUGAAGCUCUGCCUCUGCCACCCGAGGCACCGCCAGAUGCUGCCCCAGGUCCUGCCCCCCCUGACUUGUCUCAGCCUGAGCUCCCCCCUGAGCAGGAUGUCCUGAGCCAAGGGAACCCCUUUAUGGGGGUGUCCAGCACCACCGCAGCAUCCACUCCUGAGGGGCAGGCGGCCUCAGCCUCGCAGCUCACUCCAGCCAUGUCCACAGCACCCGCACCCAAGAUUGUCAUCCUGAAGGCACCAGCGGGGGGCUCAGUGACGGGGGCUCACGUGGCUCAGAUCCAGGCCCAGCCACUGGGUGCAGCCAAUGGGGGCAAGGUGACCUUCGCCAAGGUGUUGACGGGCACCCCACUGCGCCCUGGCGUCUCCAUCGUUUCUGGCAAUACCGUGCUGGCCACCAAAGUGUCCCCAUCCGGGACCACAGGCAGCCCUGCCACUGUACACCGCCUGGUCCAGCCUGGUCGGCCUGUCAAACAACUAGUGCUUCAGCCUGUCAAAAGCCCGGCGGGGGGCACCAGUGGAGCGCCCCUCAAGCCUGCCGUCACCCUGACCUCUGCCCCAGCCCAGGGUGAAUCAAAACGCAUUACCCUGGUGCUGCAGCAGCCGCAAGGUGGGAGCGGCCCCCCUGGCCAGCGUCACGUGGUGCUGGGCAGCCUGCCGGGGAAGAUCGUGCUGCAGGGCAACCAGCUAGCUGCGCUCAGCCAGGCCAAGGGAGCACCAGGCCAGCCUGCCAAGGUGGUGACCAUCCAGCUGCAGGUGCAGCAGCCUCAGGGGGGCGGGCAGCCUGGGGCCCCCCAGAAGAUCCAGCUGCUACAGCAGAGCCCUGCCACAAGCACCACGGGGCAGCCGCCGCAGCCUCCCGUGGCUGUGUCCUCCGUGCAGCAGGCCCAGGUGGUUGGGAGCACAGGGCAGCGACUCACGGUGCCCCUGAAGGUUGUGCUGCAGCCCCAGGCUGGGUCCUCUCAGGGCGGCUCAUCGGGGCUGUCCGUGGUGAAGGUGCUGAGUAGCAGUGAGGUGGCAGCACUGUCAGGCCCUGGGACGCGGGGGGGCGCGGCGGAGGAGAGCCGCAAACUGGAGCACCAGAAGAAGCAGGAGAAGGCGAACCGCAUUGUAGCCGAAGCCAUUGCCCGGGCGCGGGCGCGGGGCGAGCAGAACAUCCCCCGCGUGCUCAACGAGGACGAGCUGCCCAGCGUGCGACCCGAGGAGGAGGGCGAGCGCAAGCGGCGCCGUAAGGGCGCAUCCGAUCGUGGCGGCCCCAAGGAGGAGCGGCCCCGCAAGGGCAAGGGCUCUGGCAAGAGCAAGGGCCGCAGCAAGCCCAGCACCAUCACGCCAGUGGUGGGAAAAAAGCGCAAGCGCAAUGCUUCCUCUGACAACUCGGAUGCCGAGGUGAUGCCAGCACAGUCCCCCCGUGAGGAGGAGGAGACCAGUGUCCAGAAACGACGCUCGAACCGGCAGGUGAAGCGGAAGAAGUACACAGAGGACCUGGACAUCAAGAUCACAGACGAUGAGGAAGACGAGGAGCUGGAUGUGACGGGGCCAGUGCGGCCUGAGCAGCCCCCCAUGCCCCAGCCUCCUGCUCCGGAGCCUGAGCCCGAGGGCGAGACCCUGCCCUCCAUGCAGUUCUUUGUGGAGAACCCUAGUGAGGAAGAUGCUGCCAUCGUUGACAAGGUCCUGGCCAUGCGGGUGGCAAAGAAGGAGCUGCCUUCAGGACAGUUCACAGAAACGGAAGAGUUCUUCGUCAAGUACAAGAAUUACUCAUACCUGCACUGCGAAUGGGCCACCAUUGACCAGCUGGAGAAGGACAAGCGCAUCCACCAGAAGCUCAAGCGCUUCAAGACCAAGAUGACCCAGAUGCGGCACUUCUUCCAUGAGGAUGAGGAGCCCUUUAAUCCUGACUACGUGGAGGUUGACCGGAUCUUGGAUGAGUCCCACAGCAUCGACAAAGACAACGGAGAGCCGGUGAUCUACUACCUAGUGAAGUGGUGCUCACUGCCCUAUGAGGACAGCACUUGGGAGCUCAAGGAGGAUGUGGACGAGGGCAAGGUCUGCGAGUUCAAGCGCAUCCAGGCCCGGCACCCUGAGCUCAAGCGGGUGGCCCGGCCCCAGGCUGGCUCCUGGAAGAAGCUGGAGCUCUCGCAUGAGUACAAGAAUCACAACCAGCUCCGCGAGUACCAGCUGGAGGGUGUCAACUGGCUGCUUUUCAACUGGUACAACAGGCAGAACUGCAUCCUGGCAGAUGAGAUGGGCCUGGGCAAGACGAUCCAGUCAAUUGCCUUCCUGCAGGAGGUCUACAAUGUGGGCAUCCGCGGCCCCUUCCUGGUCAUUGCACCCCUCUCCACCAUCACCAACUGGGAGCGGGAGUUCAACACCUGGACUGAGAUGAACAGCAUCGUCUACCAUGGCAGCCUGGCAUCCCGCCAGAUGAUCCAGCAGUAUGAGAUGUACUGCAAGGACUCCCGGGGCCGUCUGAUCCCUGGCGCGUACAAGUUUGACGCGCUGAUCACGACCUUUGAGAUGAUCCUGUCAGACUGCCCUGAGCUGCGGGAAAUCGAGUGGCGCUGUGUCAUCAUCGACGAGGCCCACCGCCUCAAAAACCGCAACUGCAAGCUGCUCGACAGCCUCAAGCACAUGGACCUGGAACACAAGGUGCUGCUGACGGGCACACCCCUGCAGAACACGGUGGAGGAGCUGUUCAGCCUGUUGCACUUCCUGGAGCCCUCGCAGUUCCCCUCCGAGGCAGAAUUCCUCAAGGACUUUGGUGACCUCAAGACCGAGGAGCAGGUGCAGAAGCUGCAGGCCAUUCUGAAGCCUAUGAUGCUGCGGCGGCUGAAGGAGGAUGUGGAGAAAAAUCUGGCACCCAAGCAAGAGACUAUCAUCGAGGUGGAGCUGACAAACAUCCAGAAGAAGUAUUACCGUGCCAUCUUGGAAAAGAACUUCUCUUUCCUGUCCAAGGGGGCAGGGCACACCAACAUGCCCAACUUGCUCAACACCAUGAUGGAGCUGCGCAAGUGCUGCAACCACCCCUACCUCAUCAACGGCGCAGAGGAGAAGAUCCUGGCAGAGUUCCGGGACUCCUGCCACCACCACGUGCCUCCCGACUUCCACCUGCAGGCCAUGGUGCGCUCAGCCGGCAAGCUGGUGCUCAUUGACAAGCUGCUGCCCAAGCUCAAGGCUGGUGGCCACAAGGUGCUCAUCUUCUCCCAAAUGGUGCGCUGCCUUGACAUCCUGGAAGACUACCUCAUCCAGAGGAGGUACCUGUAUGAGCGGAUCGAUGGGCGGGUGCGGGGCAACUUGCGGCAGGCGGCCAUCGACCGCUUCAGCAAGCCCGACUCGGACCGCUUCGUGUUCCUGCUGUGCACACGGGCUGGUGGGCUGGGCAUCAACCUCACUGCUGCUGACACCUGCAUCAUCUUCGACUCUGACUGGAACCCCCAGAACGAUCUGCAGGCACAGGCACGCUGCCACCGCAUCGGGCAGAGCAAGGCGGUGAAGGUGUACCGCCUCAUCACCCGCAACUCCUACGAGCGCGAGAUGUUCGACAAAGCCAGCCUCAAGCUGGGUCUCGACAAGGCUGUGCUGCAGUCCAUGAGCGGGCGCGAGGGCAACAUCACUGGGAUCCAGCAGUUCUCCAAGAAGGAGAUUGAGGACCUGCUGCGCAAAGGGGCCUACGCCGCCAUCAUGGAGGAGGAUGACGAGGGCUCCAAGUUCUGCGAGGAGGACAUUGACCAGAUCCUGCUGCGGCGUACCACCACCAUCACCAUCGAGAGUGAGGGCAAGGGCUCCACCUUCGCCAAGGCAAGCUUCGUGGCCUCGGAGAACCGCACUGACAUUGCCCUGGAUGACCCCAACUUCUGGCAGAAGUGGGCCAAGAAGGCCGACCUGGACCUGGACCUGCUUAACAGCAAGAACAACUUGGUGAUUGACACGCCGCGCGUACGAAAGCAGACACGCCACUUUAGCACACUGAAGGACGACGACCUGGUGGAGUUCUCGGACCUGGAGAGCGAGGAUGAGGAGCGGCCCCGCUCCCGGCGCCAUGACCGGCACCACCACAGCACGCACCACACCUAUGGCCGCACCGACUGCUUCCGUGUCGAGAAGCACCUCCUCGUCUAUGGCUGGGGCCGGUGGCGGGAGAUCCUUUCACACGGGCGGUUCAAGCGGCGCCUGUCGGAGCGGGAUGUGGAGACGAUCUGCCGUGCCAUCCUGGUGUACUGCCUGCUGCACUACCGCGGCGAUGAGAACAUCAAGGGCUUCAUCUGGGACCUCAUCAGCCCCAGCGAGAACGGCAAGGCCAAGGAGCUGCAGAACCAUUCUGGCCUGUCGAUUCCAGUGCCGCGAGGGCGUAAGGGAAAGAAGGUGAAGUCCCAGAGCACGUUCGAUGUCCACAAGGCCGACUGGAUCCGGAAGUACAACCCCGACACCCUCUUCCAGGACGAGAGCUACAAGAAGCACCUCAAGCACCAGUGCAACAAGGUGCUGCUGCGCGUGCGGAUGCUCUACUACCUGCGCCAGGAGGUGAUCGGAGACCAGGCCAACAAGGUGCUGGCUGGUGCCAUCGCCAGCGAGAUCGACAUCUGGUUCCCGCUCGUGGAGCAGCUGGAAGUGCCGACCGCGUGGUGGGAUGCCGAGGCCGACAAGUCCCUGCUCAUCGGUGUUUUCAAGCAUGGCUACGAGAAAUACAACACUAUGCGGGCUGACCCCGCACUCUGCUUCCUGGAGAAGGCCGGACGCCCCGAUGAGAAGGCCAUCGCAGCUGAGCAGCGCCUGGACGUGGCUGAGGGGGUUGACUUUGACAAGGACUGUGAGGACCCUGAGUACAAGCCGCUGCCUGGGACAACCAAGGAACAGGACGACGAAGGCGACCCCCUGAUGAUGCUAGAUGAGGAGAUCUCCGUAGUGGAUGGAGAUGAAGGCCAGCCAGCCCAGCCAGGGCAUUUGUUUUGGCCACCAGGCUCGGCGCUCACCGCCCGCCUGCGGCGCCUGAUCACCGCCUACCAGCGCAGCUACAAGCAGGAGCAGCUGAAGAUGGAGGCGGCUGAGAGGGGUGAUCGGCGGCGCCGGCGCUGCGAGGCUGCCUGCAAGCUCAAGGAGAUGGUGCGCCGCGAGAAGCAGCAGCGGUGGACGCGGCGGGAGCAGUCGGACUUCUACCGGGUGGUGUCGAGCUUCGGCGUGGAGUACGACCCUGACACGCUGCGCUUCCACUGGGGCCGCUUCCGUGCCCUGGCCCGGCUGGACCGUAAGACAGACGAGAGCCUCACCAAGUACUACCACGGCUUCGUGGCCAUGUGCCGCCAGGUCUGCCGCCUGCCACCCGCUGCUGGCGACGAGUCCCCAGACCCAACGCUGUUCAUCGAACCAAUCUCAGAGGAGCGGGCGUCGCGCACCCUGUACCGCGUGGACCUCCUGCGCCGGCUGCGGGAGCAGGUGCUGUGCCACCCGCUGCUGCAGGAGCGCUUGGCGCUGUGCCCACCCCCAGGCUUGGCCCUGCCCGCCUGGUGGGAGUGCGGCCGCCACGAUGGCGAGCUGCUGCGGGGGGCUGCACGCCAUGGCCUGGGCCAGGCCGACGCCGCCAUCAUGCAGGACCCAGACUUCUCCUUCCUGGCCGCCCGCCUCAGCUACCUGCAUGGCCAUGCUGGCACGCCGCAGCCCCCUGGGGUUGGCCUUGCCCCGCUGCCCCCCGCCCCAGAGCCACCGGCCACGCUGCCACCUGCCCCGCUCCCGCCCUCUGUGCCCCCCAAACCAGACUCGGCCGACGACUCGGAUUCAGAGCUCGACCUGGGCAAGCUCUCGCCCUCCUCGUCCGGCUCCUCCUCAUCCUGCUCCGACGACAGCGAGGAUGAGCGGGACCAACUGAAUCACAGAUGCGUGAGGGGCACAGAGCCAUCCUGUGGAGGGAAGCUGUACGAGGAGGAGGAGUCGCUGCUGUCCUUGCCCACCUCCCGCGAGGGUGACUCACCCCAGCCCAGUGCCCCAGAGCUGCUGCUGCAGGAGCGGAACCGCGCCCACGACUGGCCCAAGGACCGGGCUCUCCUUAGCCGCAUCGACUUGAUCUGCCAGGCUGUGCUGACCGGGAAGUGGCCCUCUGGGCCACGUGGACCAGAGGUCUGCAGGGGACCAGGAGAGGGCAUGGCCCGGCUGCCUGGGGACUACGGCCCUCCUGCCCCCCGUGUCGGCCCCCCUGACGAGGCACCCAUGUCCUACACACGGCUGCGGCACAGCCCCGAGGAGAAGGAGUUCACAGUGCAGAUCAAGGAUGAGGAGGGGAUCAAGCUGACCUUCCAGAAGCACAGGCUUGUCCCCAAUGGCGCCAUGCGUGAGCGGCAUCAGCCCCCACCCCAGCCUCAUGCCCAUGCCCAUGCCCAUGCACACACCCACAGUCAGGGCCAUGGCCACGGACAUGGACAUGGGCAUGGGCAGGGGCCACCGCAGCAUCUACAAGGCCACAAGAAGAGCAGCAAGAAGUUGGUGGAGCUGGAGCUACAGUGCCUGGAGAGUCUGCGGGGCCCUGACAUCGACCUGGAGGCGCGGAUCCCAGUGGUUCGCAAGACAGACGGGACGGUGCUGGUUGGGGAGGCAGCGCCACGCCGUGCUGACCUCGAGGCCUGGCUGCAGGCGCACCCUGACUUCGCCAUUGACCCCCGCUUCCUGGCUUACAUGGAGGACCGCCGCAAGCAGUACAAGUGGCACCGGUGCCGGAAGCCAGGCAUGGCCGAAGCUAGCUGCCUUCCCGGGCUGGAGCGGGGGCUCAUGCCCGACACCCCAGGCACCAAGAAGGGCUACAUGCCCGACUCCAUGUUGCACCGCCUCCUGCCAGGCCCCAUGGCUGCAGCGGGGGGUCAGAAAGCACGGGGCCGCCGGGCAGGCGUGGACCUCUCCAAGAUGGUUUCGCUGAUGGGGGGUGCAGCACAGGGCCAACUGGGGGCUAUGGGGCCCCUGGCCCUGCACAGCCACUUCCAGCCUGGCCCUGCCCCAGGCACCGCGCUGCCCUACGCGCCCUUCCCCGCACCCGCAGCCUCCUCCUCCGCCACCCUACUGCACCCUGGGCUGGGCCACGGUAGCUAUGCUCCCGGCCCCCCGCUGCACCUGGGGCACCCGGGCCACCUGCAGCCAGAUGAGGACGACGACGAGGACGAAGACGAGAUGGACGACUUGUCUCAGGGCUACGCCAGCUCCGAGCGGGACUUCUCCCUGCUGGACGACCCCAUGAUGCCGGCCAACUCGGACUCCAGCGACGGGGCCAACGAGGAGGGUGACUGAGCGGAGGACCAAGGGCCGGAUGGACGGACAGACAGGAUAGCGGGACUCCUGGGCUGCCCAGGCCCUGAUGGGCGCUGCGGCCGGCUCCACGUGCACGGUGCUGCAGCCCCCGCGGGCGGCCCCGGGUGCAGGCAAAGGAGGGCCCGAGCUGCACGUGCCCCUCCAGCCCUGGCCGUGCCUGCCCCGCCUGCCCCCAGCAUGAGCAGCGGCCGCCGGCACCCCCCUCUCCCCAUCUCCACCGCCCCCUGCUGCUGCCCCCGCCCGCCCGCCGCCGCCGCCUUCUCGCCCUCUGUCUCUGUUCCUCUGUGCGUGGGCCAAGGGGCUCGCCCCGCGCCCGCUCCCCCCGGGGCCCUCAGCCCACCCCCAGCGGCGCGGGGCCCGGUGCUGUCCUUUCCCCCCCUCCCGGGCUCUAUUUAUAUAAAUAUGUAAUAUGUCUUGUGUGAUACGGCGGGGGCGGGGGGCCGGGGCGGGGGGGCUGGGCCGCAUUAGAGCUUCCCGUAGUUGGAUUCUUUUCUUUUCUAAUAAAAUGAGUUAAAAUGCA